GCCAUUUUUAAACAAGAUGGACGCUGCUAACCGAUGUCUAUGUUGAUAUGGGAUUUAGAUCAGCUUCCAAGUGAAAUGUCGGCAAAGAAUAAACCACUAUCAAAGCAAACAUAUGAAGCUGCCAGGGAUGAGGAGAAAAGGGGGAAUGAUGAUAUAUCUGUCAAAUAUCCAAGACCUGGGUCUGGGCAUUUAAAACAGUCACGUGCUUUGAGUUCACUUAGUAUGGAAAUAUUAGUUCCAGCAGGUGGUGAUCUUUGGCCUUCAUCUGGUCCGAGUUCCCCUCAGAAUAGAUUAGAUCCUAGGUCAAAGUCAAAUAUUGGGCAGGCACCUCCAAGGGCUGAUUCUAUUCCAAGAGUGGGAACGCCAACAAAAUACAUUACCCUCACUGCAGUGAAACGAAAACAAGAAAGCGAGACACCUUUUAGGCCAGAACUGGAUUGGCGGGAGUUUACACACAGCACACAACAGGCAGUGGAUGGUGCCAACUCCAAGACACAAACCAUUUCAUCUGCAAGGUGUCGGUAUACUGAGGAUGAGAAAUCAGCUCCAGAUAGCAACUUGCAAGUGGACAGGAUGAGCACCAACCCAAAGAUGCUAACAUCUUUAACAUCAGACAGCCAAAGUCUGAAUGCUGAUAAUCAAUUUAGCACUAGCAAGUUCUGUGAUGAGAGCUCUGAUGACGGUGAUGUUAAUAACGAUGUUGCUGAUAAUGACCGUGAAGAAAAAGAGAUGCAGAAAGCACCGAAUGAGCUGUUACUAGAGUUUUUGCAGUGUCUGAUGAAAAAGGAUUAUGUCACUGCAGAGAAGUUGUGCAGAAUGAUCCUAAUCUUUGAGCCAGACAACCCAGAGGCCUUGAAGUUUCAUCCCAUCAUUUUAGAGAAGAUUAAGCUGGAUAGAUCAAGUGCAUCUGAAGAUGAUGACAUUGGUGAUGAUGACAGCAGUGAUGAUGAUGACGGAUGACAGCAGUGAUGAUGAUGACAGCAAAGACACAAGGUGAUAUUUCUUGAGACUUUCGAGGGGAGGGGAGGGUGGGGGUUAAGCCUUUGAAAUCCAAACUCAGAUGAUUUUGAAGCAAGUGCGUGAUAUAGAAAAAAAUGGGAAUGUGUAGUUGUAAUGGUUGUUAGUGUCCAGUACUGAUGUCAUCUUCUCAGAUUAUAAUAAAGGCUGAUAGUGAUGAGUGACUGACAAGCUGGCAAUAUCAGCAUGCUGGUGUCCAUCAUGUAUGUUCUCACACUGGUGGCCAGUCUGAGAGCCUGCAACUCAUCAUUGCUACCUGCUAUCAUGCUAUAUGGAAGAUUAGCAAUCUUUCCCUGAUGGACACAGUGUGGUGUUAAAGUAGUGUAUUUCACAUGAUUCUCCUGAACAGCUUCAGGGUCAAAGGUCAUGUUUGGGAGAGUACCACUGUUGCAGGAUAGCACAUUUCCACUGAGCAGAACAGAGCUUCCACAGUCGGUGUUUUGGACUGUCCUGUCUUCAGUGUUGAAUUUCUGUAUCACAUGCCACAAAACCUUGUGCCCAACCCUGUUGAAGGCCUUCUUGAAAUGGUGCUGAUCUUUACCUUGCUGAAGGUGUUUUUUUGAUCAGAGUGUGACUGUUGAAGAAUUGUUCAACCGCGCUCCUGCUGGCUCACUCUUCUGAGAACAGUUCCUUUGUCAUCUGUGUGAGAUGAUUUUGUAUCACCUUCAGCAUAACUUUGCUUCGGUGCCUGAUCAAAUUUAUCGUCACAUGGUAGUUCUGGCACUGCCUUGGGUUCCCUCUUUUUGGCAGGGGUAUGACCAGUGACUGUGUCCGUUCUUUCAGCCACUGCUUGGUCUCCCAAAUUUUGCAACACAGGUCAGUACCUUCACUGUCUCUUCCCCUCCACGUUUUUGCAAAUUUAAGCAACUCCAUUAGGACAUUGUCAAACCCUGGAGACUUCACACCCUUCAGGCUGAGGCUGGCCUAAAAAUUUCUCUCAUAAGAGCAAAACAAUGGUGAAUGCUAUCAGAUAAGGUAAGGCAGAUAUCCAGUUGAAUGGUAUGCAAGUUGAGGAAGUACAGAGUUUCAAGUAUCUGGGUGUGACGCUCUCCAAGGAUGGCAGUUGCAUGGCAGAUAUUUGUCAAUGAAUCACAGCAGCAAUGGCAAGGCUGAACAAGAUCUGGGACAGCAUGAGUACAAUCUUAAAGACGAAAUUCAAACUAUACAGGGCUGAGAAAUGCGAGCCCUGUGUCCGAAAUGGAGAAGAUGAUUCAGGCAUUUGACAUGAAAUGCUUCUGGAGACUGCUCUGAAUAGCCGCUACCCUAGUUGGUCCCCAGAACCUCUGCUUGCCACUGUCAAGCAUCGAAAACUGGUUUAGUUUGGGUAUGCCACUAGGCAUGACGCACUACGGAAGAUAGUCCUCCAGGCACAUAUGGAAGAUGUUGACAGCAAACAAAAAAGUGUUGACUAACAAACAUCAAGGGGUGGACAGGCUGCCAAAUGGGAGACCUACUAAAAAGGGCACAGAAUAAGCCCCUCUGGUGUGCCUUCACCAUUGGUGUGUCUCACCGUGUCCCCUUCUCCCCUAAUGACGCAUAUGAGAGAUUUGUAUAGCUUAUUUGUUAGCUUAUUAUUAUUUGGAAUAACUGUCUGCUUCUUCUGUGCAGUUCAGAGUCUUCAGACGAGGACAACAGUAGUAGUGACGAGUCUUUCAUUGAUAGUGUUCCUCGACCUGACUCUGGUAUUGGUAUGUGAUGGCCCACUUCAGAGGCAGUUUCCUGCAUGCGUGCUGAUGCUUAUGUGGCAACUCUUGUCAAGUCAACAAUGAUCUGUAGUGGCAAGCAUGUCUGACAUGUCAAACACUUCCUGUAUACAGCUGGACUCUGGCACCAUCAGCUGCAGAUACAGUUGUACAGCAUGCUCAUCUCAGGAUACUGGUUGUAAGUGCUGCUGAACUGCACAGUUUGUGAUGCUGUCAGUUGUAUCCAAGAUCCCUAUAGGAGACACUGCAGAUAUUAGGUGCCUAAAUGGAUACGAGUUUGGUCACACAUUUCAUGGCUAGCAUGUAGAAUACCUGAACAGUUAGGCACUUUCCCAACAAAUUUUGUCACAUAGAGUUGACUUUUUAGUAAACUUUGUUGUACUAAGCCUAGGAAAUUGACUAACCACAAAUUGUGUCCUUGUGCAUUUAACUCCAGCUGCUGCCCAACACGUAAUCCAAGAAGGCACCAUGAGGCACCAACAUCUUCCCAUAAUUGCCUAAAGGUUGAAGUUGUACUUCCAUUAAAUGGGGUAUACUGGCAAAAGUACACAGGCCUGGUAUGUGCACUAUCUGUGAAAAUGGCCCUUUGUAAAGUUAUGUAUAAGUCAGGUGCUCAUCACCCAGGCAACGAAAGUAAUACCUAAGAAAUUAUCACCUUAAACUCCAGUGUGUUUCACUUAUCCAGACACAUCAGCUGACAGCAAGUGAAGGAUGCCAGGUGUCUUCAUUUCAGCAAUAUAAUGGUGGCCACAAGUCUCCCCGUUUCAAGGGAACAACAGAAAACUUGAGUGCUAAAUAUCUCAGACUUCACUAUACUUAAUACUUUUGGACUUGAUUUGGUUUAAGUGCAAAGAUAACCAACUGGAGGACCAAAUGUUGACUGAAUGUGUAAGCUAGUUUGUUCAAUGUUAAAUUUUUU